UUGUUACUGCCACAUUACCGCCUGAGCCUGCGGUAGAGAGGCGCUGAUCCACCAUCGUAUUUAGCACGAUCACUAACACACUGCAUGACCAAAACGGCCUAUUGCGCGAUUCAUGAACAAAUCUUUAUACACAGCCAGUAGUGGACUCGUCCCAGAAGCUAAGAGCAGCUUCUAUUACCCCCUCAGCAGCCGCCGUCGGGUUGACGUUGAACUUGCUUCUGUAAACCCAUUCUCUCCAACUUGGUCGCCAUGGCAACUGAGGAGAAGAAACCAGACACAGAGGCUACUAAAACACAGCCGGCAUCAGCUGCCUCUGCCAGCCAGAGCAAGUCAGCACCAGUGAAGCCAAACUAUACCCUGAAAUUCACAUUGGCUGGCCAUACAAAAGCAGUCUCUUCUGUCAAGUUCAGUCCGAGUGGGGAGUGGCUCGCGAGCUCAUCUGCUGAUAAGCUGAUCAAAAUAUGGGGUGCGUAUGAUGGCAAGUUUGAAAAGACGAUAUCUGGACACAAACUGGGCAUCUCGGACGUGGCCUGGUCCUCUGACUCCAACCUCUUGGUCUCAGCUUCCGAUGACAAGACACUGAAAAUUUGGGAUGUGAGCUCUGGGAAGUGUUUAAAGACACUGAAAGGUCACAGCAACUAUGUAUUCUGCUGUAACUUCAACCCUCAGUCCAACCUCAUCGUAUCUGGAUCUUUUGACGAGAGUGUGAGGAUUUGGGAUGUUAAAACAGGGAAAUGUCUCAAGACGCUGCCAGCGCACUCAGACCCUGUCUCUGCGGUUCAUUUCAACAGAGAUGGCUCAUUGAUUGUUUCCAGCAGUUAUGAUGGACUUUGCCGUAUAUGGGACACAGCAUCCGGGCAGUGCCUUAAAACACUCAUCGAUGAUGACAACCCACCUGUGUCGUUUGUGAAGUUCUCCCCCAAUGGCAAAUAUAUUCUGGCUGCCACUCUGGAUAACACUUUGAAGCUUUGGGACUACAGCAAAGGAAAGUGUUUGAAAACGUAUACCGGCCAUAAAAACGAGAAGUACUGCAUAUUUGCUAACUUCUCUGUCACUGGUGGAAAGUGGAUCGUCUCCGGCUCAGAGGACAACAUGGUCUAUAUUUGGAACCUACAGACCAAGGAGAUCGUACAGAAACUACAGGGGCACACAGAUGUGGUGAUCUCAACCGCAUGUCACCCCACAGAAAACAUCAUUGCAUCAGCAGCACUAGAAAACGACAAAACCAUCAAACUUUGGAAGAGCGAUUGCUAAGCCUCAAGCUUAUUUUACUUUAUUAGUUUUUUUAUUUUAUUUUUUAUUUUGUACUAUUCAUUUUGUGUGGGGGGACUUUUUUUUUGUUUGUUUUUCAUUUGAAAGGUCAAGCUAGACCACUCACCCAGAAAUCGAGGCUCAGCAAGAGGACUGGCAAAAGAGCACUAGCCUGACACACAGCACCCUCUCCUAACACCUUUCUCAGCUCACGUGAACUAAAGCGGUCACUUUUUUUUCUCUCUCUACCCUGCCGCCGGCUCUCGUACAUCAGUUUAAGCAUCCAGCGAAACGUUUAACCAGUCUGUAAAUUUAGGCAGCUUUGUUUGAACUCCACAGACCUAUUAGGACAAAGAGAGUGUUCCUGUCUUUUUGUUUUCUUGUUGUUUUUUCUGUAAGUUUUGUAGAAUAACAUCUAUCCGCUAUCAGUGGUUUGCACACUUCCUGAUGCCAGCAGAAUGCCUUGGGCACAUUUUAAGUGGCCAUUUUAACAAAUGUUUGGAGUAUUAAAAUUUCUCUGCCUGUAUUUGUGGCAUUUAUACGAGCAGUUUGCAGCUUCACUCCAUUAUUUGGCCGAAAAGAGGUUUCAUAAAACGUCUCAGUUGUGAAUGCCUCGAACACUUACCUUGACUUACUAACGUAAAAUCAAACCUCUGUGUAUGAAACGUGUUGUCUGGCAAAAGGGUGUUUCGAACAUCCGCUGUUUUGUUUAUUUCUGUACAGCACAAAAAUGCAACUUAUAUCAGCGAUUAAAAGCAAUUCAUUGUGUUAUAGUUGCUAAGCUAGUUGUCAGACAUUGCUUAUGGUUUUCAGUGGCUUUCAGUGGCUCAAUGUCGUCUAGGCAGCGCUAACAAACUCUCUCUUUUGUUAUGUAAGCCUAUAGCCGUCGCAGACAUGAUGUAUGCCAAAACUUCUCUUUAUUCCUGCAGCUGUAACUACCUGUUCAUAUCAGUCUUGGUGCUUAUGAAAAAUAAAACUGUACAAUAUAUCUGGAUGGAACAGCAGUUUGGUCCGAGCUUUCGGAGAAAGUAUCACUUAAAAGAAAAGGUUUCUAGUAGACCUGAUUACACAAGCAGCAAAUGUUGACUCUAAAAUACAAAAAAAAGAUUUUUACCAGCUACAAUCUGGUAAAACGCGUUCAGUUUCGAAUUAUGCGGUUUUAAUUACAGAACUUAUGCAAGGAGGAGUGUUGCUGUGAAUAUGCCAUUACCUUAUAUCUUGUGACCAAAAGCAGUCUGGAUGUAUUUAGGGCCUUGAGAUGUUUCUGUAUCUGACACUUUGUACAUACUUGCAGCUUCUCUGUUCUUUGAUACGUUUACCUCUGUUCUGUGGUCUUAUUAACUAUGUGUCAAGUAGGUGAUAGUACUUUAAGAGUGUUUUAUUUUUCCUGCUCAACGUGGAUGAUGGUUUGGCAUCAACCCAUCCUCUGCCUCUGGACUCUCUCUCUGUUCCUUUGUUCUUGACCGGAUUUCAAGUGCACUGCAGUGAUGACAAGGGCCGCAUGAGGAACUCUUAUCUGUAUUGCAUUUAGUCACUUUGGACAUGACCUGUGACUCAAUAAAGAUUUUUUUUACCUGUA